CACUCCCACAAUGCAGCGGGGUAGUGUAUUAACAUGGCGUCAAUGGUUGCUGUUUUUACCAGGGCCGUGGGAUUUGAGAAACAUUAUGUAGAACAGAAUCAUGGAGACAGCUAAACAAUAAUUCGUAAUCAACCUUGGUGCUCGAAACUGAGUGCCAGUAUUAUUUAUUUCUCGUAGCUCCAGAGCUAGCAGCUCAGCCGGACGACAGGGCACUGCAGCUAACGGUAGUUAGCGGACGGAGACGGCUAACAGCAGCCUCGGCUCAGCAAAGAGUCCCCAGGAAGUCAACAGAGCCCUCCCCAUAACACAGGAAACACAUUUUGGUUUUAAUGGUGGUCCGCCUCCCUGGUCAUCUUCAGUGUGCUGUUGACUUGACCAGGGACAAGAGCAGCAGGACAGGAGGGAUGGACGAGUCCAUAAGUCCAGUAAAAUUAGUCAAACAAUCUCAGCCCAGAGGAGCCAAAGCUUUGUCCAGUGAGAAGUCAAAUAAAGAGACUUCUGUUCAGAGAGAGCGUACCAAGUCUGCACCCCGCAGCAAAGAAAACUUCACUGCUGCAAAGGAUGAACACAGUAUAGGCAGCCUGCUUAGCCGUGGGCCUGGCAAGACUUCUACAGAAAACCCCCAGGACAAGAGGAGAGGACGAACCUCCAGGCUGACUCGGCUGACUGGAAGAACGAGUUCUGGUGAGAGGGGCAAAGGAAGAGUGGCAAGCUCUCAACAGCAGCUGGUGGCACAGUUUCCUGACUCCAGAGCGUCUUUUUCUGCAGACAGCAGCCCUGUAGCGAACAGAGAGCCCAUCUCUCCUGUAGUGCCUAGUACACUUGAGAAAGGCCUCACAGAGCAGGCCAAGAGCUCCACUGGAGCCCUAGCAAAGGAAAAGUCCCAUGUGGUGAAAGCUGCCGCAUUGAUGCAUCAGCCUGUUGAAGAGCGCACAGUGUUGAGGCCCACGGUGGAGGACGGACCCCUUACAGAGCAACAGCUGGGCCUCCGACAGGCAGAGGAACGCCUCUACAGAGACUACAUUCACCGACUGUUGAAACAAUCACCUGAGUAUCCAAACUACCAGUACUUAUGCAAGCUCUGUUCUGUACACAUUGAGAACAUUCAAGGAGCACACAAACACAUCAAGGAAAAGAGACACAAGAAGAACAUAAUGGAGAAACAGGAGGAAAAUGAGCUGCGUGCCCUGCUGCCCCCUUCUGCUGCCCAGCUGAGAGCCGUGGAUGCGGCCGUUGUAGAAACAGCCAGGCAGCAUGGGAUCUCAGAAGAGGACUUUGAGGUUCGAAAAGCUAUGGUCAUCAGGAUGGAGGAAAUCAUACAGAGGCACCUCUCAGCUUGUUCUCUUCGUCUGUAUGGUUCGUGUCUUACCCGCUUUGCCUUCAAGACAAGUGAUAUCAACAUUGACGUCACCUACCCUUCCUCAAUGACACAACCUGAAGUCCUGAUUCAAGUGCUGGAAAUCCUCAAAAACAGCUCUGAAUUUUCUGAGGUUGAGUCAGAUUUUCAUGCCAAAGUUCCUGCUGUGUUCUGUCGGGAUGUUAGCAGUGGCCUGAUGUGCAAAGUGAGCGCAGGUAAUGAUGUUGCUUGUCUCACCACCAAUCACCUGGCAGCCCUGGCUAAACUGGAGCCCAGACUGGUUCCCCUGGUGCUGGCCUUCCGUUACUGGGCAAGGCUAUGCCACAUUGACUGCCAGGCUGAAGGUGGCAUCCCCUCAUACUCCUUCGCCCUCAUGGUCAUUUUCUUCCUUCAGCAGAGAAAAGAGCCCAUCCUUCCUGUCUACCUGGGCCGUUGGAUUGAAGGCUUUGAUGUGAAACGUGUAGACGAAUACCAUCUAACUGGAAUUGCAUUGGACAUGUUUGUCCGAUGGGAGCACAGACCUCAAAGCUCCACGGAGAACCGAAAUGAGGCCAGAGGAGAAGGCAGACCCAAACUGGAGCAGAAGAAGCCUAAUGAUGCUCACUAUUCAGAGGGAUUGACCCACCUGACCUUGGACCUUGGUAAAGGCGUGUCCCUGGGCCAGUUAUGGUUGGAACUCUUGCGUUUCUACACAUUAGAGUUUGCUCUUGAAGAGUACAUCAUUAGCAUCCGCUUAAAGGAGCUCCUCUCGAGAGAGGUGAAGAACUGGCCUCGUCGCAGGCUCGCCAUUGAAGAUCCUUUUGCCUUGAAGAGAAAUGUUGCACGGAGCUUGAACAGCCAAAUGGUGUUUGAGUACAUCCAGGAGCGUUUCCGUACAGCUUACAAAUACUUUGCUUGCCCCCAGAAAAGGGGCUCUGGAGGACAUCAGAGAAAUAAGAAAGCAGGGGGACAUGGUACAAAGUCAGAAAGGGUUCAGAAGAAAGAAACUGCAUUUGUGAACAAGGAAGAGGACGAUGGGAAAGGUGAAAGCAGCCAGGGCGCUCAGAGAGGGCACUUUGAAUUUAAGGAGAAUGAGGAGUGUGACAGCGAUGAUGAAGGUGGCUCAGAUCUGUCCAGAAAAAGGGAGGAGAAGACUUUAGAUGCCACCCUCAUGGACAUGGUUCUCAGUGAGGGGAACAAACCUUCCUUCUCCCCUAAUGGCCUGCUGGACAGUGAUAAGGAAGGGGAGGAGGAGGAGGAGGAGGAAGAAGAAGAAGAGCAUGAGGAUGAAGAAACCAGUGUUUCAGAGAAGGAUGUGCCUGUUACAUCAGACGAUUUGCACUAUGUGUUUGACAAGUUGAUUUUCACUGGUGGAAAGCCUCCAACUGUUGUGUGCAGCAUCUGCAAACGAGAUGGUCACCUGAAGGACGAGUGUCCUGAAGACUUUAAGAAGAUUGAGCUGAAGCCUCUGCCUCCUAUGAACGAACGCUUCAGAGACAUUCUCGAUGGGCUCUGCAAAUUGUGCUACUAUGAACUGUCACCUACACAUGCUGAGCAGCAGAAGAGGGAGCAGAUACUCGCGAGCCUGGAGAGGUUUAUAAGGAAGGAGUACAAUGAUAAAGCUCAGCUCUGCUUGUUCGGGUCUUCCAAAAACGGUUUUGGCUUCCGUGACAGUGACCUGGAUAUCUGCAUGACUUUAGAGGGUCACGAGACGGCAGAGAAACUGAACUGCAAAGAGAUCAUUGAAGGCCUUGCAAAAGUGCUAAAGAAGCAUACAGGUUUGAGGAACAUCUUGCCUAUCACCACAGCUAAAGUGCCUAUUGUGAAGUUUGAACACAGACAGAGCGGUUUGGAGGGUGAUAUUAGCCUUUAUAACACUCUGGCGCAACACAACACCAGAAUGCUGGCAACGUAUGCAGCUCUGGAUCCACGUGUGCAAUUCCUGGGAUACACAAUGAAGGUCUUUGCAAAGCGCUGCGACAUUGGGGAUGCAUCCAGAGGAAGCCUCUCAUCUUAUGCUUACAUCCUGAUGGUACUUUACUUCCUGCAGCAGAGGCAGCCCCCAGUGAUCCCUGUCCUGCAGGAGAUCUUUGAUGGGAAGACUGUUCCCCAGCGGAUGGUAGAUGGCUGGAAUGCUUUCUUCUUUGAUGACCUUGAAAAUCUGCGUCAACGCCUCUCAGAGCAACAGCCAAACACAGAGUCAGUAGGAGAGCUGUGGUUGGGACUCUUGCGCUUUUACACUGAAGAAUUUGAUUUCAAAGAGCAUGUCAUCAGCAUCCGCCAAAGAAAACGCCUCACCACCUUUGAAAAACAGUGGACCAGCAAAUGCAUUGCUAUUGAAGAUCCCUUUGAUUUGAAUCAUAAUCUUGGUGCUGGAGUUUCUCGUAAAAUGACAAACUUCAUCAUGAAGGCCUUCAUAAAUGGAAGAAAGCUGUUUGGAACGCCCUUCUAUCCAGUCCCUGGCACUGAAGUGGACUACUUCUUUGACUCAAAGGUGUUGACGGACGGCGAGUUGGCGCCUAAUGACAGGUGCUGUAGGAUCUGCGGGAAGAUUGGACAUUACAUGAAAGACUGUCCAAAAAGACGCAGGAUGAAGAAGAAGGAAAAUGAUAAAGAUGAGGACAUCAAAGAGGAGGAGCGGGAGCCGAAGGACAGACGUUGUUUCCAGUGUGGGGACAUGGGCCAUGUCCGGAGAGACUGUCCUGAGUACCGCCACCUCAAACAGAGGACCCCCGGUGCUCCAGCUCCUCACAUGGUACGAACAAUAGUGAACUCCCAGUCCAUCCCUACUCCUCAGGUAGCUGCAGACUGUCCUGGAAGGACCAGGCAGCCCUCUGAAUGUUCUGACAGUCGACAGACUCCACCCUACUCCCCGCAGCCCACUGCUGUUCCCCAGAGUUCCUCCCAGUCCUCCAGUUCUCCUCAGCCUUCCCACAAUAAGACUGGUUCUACUGGUCCCCAGAAGCAGCCUGCUCACCCCCAGGUCCCAUUAUCUCUCUUUAGUUUUCCUACCUCCCAUCCCGGCCAGUAUCAUCCAGGAGCGCUCACUGCACUGGGACUUCUUCCCUCCCACCAGCAUCAGUCACACCAGUCCCAGGGGCAGCCUCAUCACCCAGUCCACAUCCCCUCCACCUCCUGGCCCAUCCAUGGACCAGUCCUUACUACGUCCUCUCCCACUGCCCCCUCCCCACCCGGCCUGAAAUUUGCUCUGCGUUCACCAUCAGGGAACGGGAGUCCUACAGGCUCAGGGGGCAACCCCAGCCCCAUGAAUCUGAACGAUCCCAGCAUCAUCUUUGCCCAGCCGUCAGGGAGACAGUUGGGCAUCGGUGGGCCAGGACGGGAAGGCCACUGGCACAACCACUUGGCACAACCGGGGUCACUCUUGGGCAAUGGCACUGUAGUCAAGCCAGAGUCCGGUCACCCAGCCCAGUUUGUAGGUGUGAGCCAAGGCUCUCGGUUAUGGGAGCACAAUAAACCACCCCAGUACACCCUGUCUCCAUCCUGGCCCUACAGGAUGCCCCAGAACUUCAUUCAGCAGGGCAACGGAGGCUACCAGCCAGGAAAACCAUUUGUGGCCCAAGGUUCUGUGGUGCAUCCGAAUCCCAGUUUCCCACUGGUCCCACAUGUCCGGCAUCAAGUCAAUCUCAAUUUCAUCCAGCAGAAGAAGUAAAUACGCUUCUACUUUUUAAUUAGGUUUAUGGUCAGUAACGUAACAAAGCAAAACUAUGUACUCUUCACAUCAUUUGAUCACGAGAAAAUUUUUAAAAUGAAUUUUAUCAUUUUUGUACAGUUUUUAAGUUUUAUUUUUUGUCUCAUUACAUUGAUUUGUGAUACAAAUGUCAAAUAUUUUAAUACCCCCAUUUUUGAGGGGGUCCAAAAAGUGUUUUUAUUUUAUGUGUAAAGUAAGGAGGAAAGAUGUAAACCUUUAUUUUUAUUAGCUGUAUUCAUACUUUGCUUGCCACAAAAUGAAGGCUUUGAAUAGAUGUUUGUUUUAAAAACAAUCUAAUGUGUCACCCUAAGUAUGUAGUGCCAAAAGCAGGGAUAGCAAGAAAUGGGAAAACUCAAAUUUAAAAAAGGCUUCAAAAAAUAAAGGAAAAAAGCAAACAA